CCAGCAGAGACUUAACAGAAGCGGGGCGACCGCUCUAAGCUGCGAGCGCUCCUCUCGUCUCCUCCACCGGCGCGUCUUUUUGCUGUCGACGUACAAACUUUGAAGAGGUGAGACCCGAAACGUCCGAACGGCAACAAAUUGGCAACGAGACCGCAUCGAUAAAGAGAGAAAAAAACAAACAAAAAAACAACAACAACAACCGUCAAGUCCGAGGAAAAGCGCCGGAGCCGGGAGAAAGAGGGAGCUAUGCCAUCUCGCGCCGAUCGGAGCCCAGUCCUCCUCUGUUGUGUGUCGGAGCUGCAGCAUGGUGUCUGUCUCUGGACUGUGGACCUACUGCCUCGCCCCCGGGAGACCUCAUCUCCUCUUCCUCUCCGCCCGACCGCUCCUGCUGCUGCUGGUCCUGACCGGCCUCUGCUCCCCCGAGUCCUGCCUCCCGCACCCUCAGCCGUGCCACAUCCUCGCCCGGAUAGGACACACCGUGCGCAUCGGCGCGCUCUUGCCGACCCGCCAGCCGGCACGGAUACAAAACGCUCUUAACCGUGCGCUGGCCAGCCUUCGGCACCAGAGCACAGGGGCAGACUCCUCCACAACCACCGCCCAAACACCUCCUCUGAUGCCCUACAACCUGAGCCUGGAGAUGGUGGCUCGAUCGCCCGCGGGAGGAGACCCGGAGUCCCUGUCCCGUAGCACUUGCCAGGACCUGGUGGUCAAGGGGGUGUCGGCCGUGCUCGCCUUCCCUCGCUCCAGGGAGGAGCUGAUCCAGGUGGAGUUCCUCUCGUCAUUCCUGGAGAUCCCGUUCAUCUCCAUCCUGGAGGACACGGAGCCUCUUGUGACUAAGAACCGAUUCCACCUGCAGAUGUCAGCCCGCGUGCCUCCGUCCACCCUGGGCAGCUUGCUUCUGGCGGUCCUGCAGGGGGGAGAAGGGGACCGGGACCGUGGGAGCCGGGGCGAAAACAACUUGGCGGGAGCUGCUGUAAUCUGCCCCGGGUGGGAGGAAGGGGGGGAAGGGUUGCUGUCUCACCUGCAGGCGGACAGCGGUUCUAACUGGCAUUUGUGGGACAUCAUCAACCUGACCCUGGUCUCCGGGGGCGGGGACAGAGGAGGGGAGAGCAGGAAGGAGAAGAAGGAGGAACACAGGGAAGAGGAGGCUCUGAAUAUCCUCUCCGCUCGUUUCCUGCGCUCCACUGCUCCCGUCUCCUCUGUGCUCCUCCUGGGAUCCGACCCCGAGUGUCUCUCCGCGGUCUUGCGGGCAGCACAGCGGCUCGCUCCAUCACUACCAGCGCUGCAAUGGAUCAUGGGAUACCCCUUGUCUCCGGAUUCGCUCCACACCCUGGGAGGUCCCCUCGGACUGUUAGCCUACGGGGAGGUGGGCCGCAAGCCGAUCAGCUUCUACAUCCGGGAUUCUCUGCAGCUCAUCGGCCGUGCAGUGACUGCGGCAACCAUGGUGAGGCCGGACCUGGCGCUGAUUCAGAACAUGGUGAAUUGUUACGACAAACCAAACAGACGUGAGAUGCCCUCGUCAGGACAAUAUCUGUCCAGGUUUCUGUCCAACACUUCCUUCACCGGGGCCACAGGCCUGAUCCAGGUGGAUGCUGGCUUGUCUCGUGUCCUCUCCUCCCAGCUGUUCCACGUAUGGAGCCUGAAGAGAGGCGCUCUUGGCCAGCCAGCCUGGGUGACUGUGGGCCAGUGGACCCGAGGCCGGCUGGAGCUAGAAGGAGGGAUCAUGGGAUUGGUGGGAGGGUUCAGGAGCAGCCAAGGACAAGGCCUCGGAGCCGGGGUGAGGGGAGGGGACGGACUGGGGGACAGUAAUGUUGGAGGACGCUGGAGGCCGGGAGAAUCUGUUGAGGGACACCGGUUGAGGGUGGUGACACUGGUGGAGCACCCGUUCGUCUUCACGCGGGAGGUGGAUGUGGAUGGAUUGUGUCCAGCUGGUCAGCUCUGUCUGGACCCCAGAACCAACCGGUCUGACUUGAUCCAGAGCCUCUUCAACCAGCUGCACAACCCAAACACUACAGUUGCAGACUGGGAGAGGAAUGACCUACCGGGGGACCUGAGGAAGUGCUGCUACGGGUACUGCAUCGACUUGUUGGAGAAACUGGCAGAGGACAUGGGUUUCACCUUUGACCUUUAUAUUGUCGGAGACGGGAAGUAUGGAGCAUCGAGCGGGACGGGACGCUGGACGGGGCUGGUCGGGGACCUGCUGGGUGGGACCGCCGACAUGGCUGUGACCUCCUUCUCCAUCAACUCUGCCAGGAGCAGAGUCAUUGACUUCACCUCGCCCUUCUACUCCACCAGUCUUGGCAUUCUGGUCCGCAGCCGGGACACCGCAGCCCCCAUCGGGGCCUUCAUGUGGCCCCUCCACUGGUCCAUGUGGGUGGGUAUCUUUGUCACGCUGCACCUCACCGCGCUCUUCCUCACCUUGUACGAGUGGAACAGCCCCUUCGGCAUGACACCCCACGGCAGGAACAGGCUGCGCGUCUUCUCCUACUCCUCCGCCCUCAAUCUCUGCUACGCCAUACUGUUUGGACGCACUGUCGCCACCAAGACUCCUAAAUGCUGGACCGGCCGUUUCCUGAUGAACCUCUGGGCCAUCUUCUGCUUACUGGUGCUGUCGAGCUACACCGCCAACCUGGCUGCUGUGAUGGUCGGGGAGAAGACCUUCGAGCAGGUCUCGGGAAUUCACGACGACAAGCUGCACCAUUCAUCACUGGGCUUCCGUUUUGGGACGGUGAGGGAGAGCAGCGCUGAGGAUUACAUGAAGAAGAGCUUCCCGGAGAUGUACGACUACAUGAGGCGCUUCAAUCAGCCCACCACUCCAGAAGGAGUACACAUGUUGAAGACAGAUCCUCCCGACCUGGAUGCGUUCAUCAUGGACAAAGCCCUGUUGGACUUCGAGGUCUCUAUCGACGCCGAGUGCAAACUGCUGACUGUGGGGAAGCCUUUCGCCAUUGAAGGCUACGGGAUCGGCCUGCCCCAGGGCUCGCCUCUGACCCGUAACGUGUCCGAGUUUGUGAGUCGCUACAAGUCCGACGGCUUCAUGGACAUGCUGCAUGACAAAUGGUAUAAGGUGGUGCCCUGCGGGAAGCGAGUCUUUGCAGUCACUGAGACUCUUCAGAUGGGGAUCCAGCAUUUUUCUGGCCUGUUUGUUCUGCUGUGCAUGGGGGUGGGCGGAGCCUUGCUGACCUUGGCAGGUGAACACACCUUCUAUCACCUGGUCAUCCCUCGCCUCCGACGCACGCACACACUGCAGUACUGGCUGCACACCAGCCAGAAGAUUCACAGAGCCCUCCACACUACAUACGAGGAUGAUGGGAAGGAGCUGACCGACCUCGACCAAAACCCCUCCUCUUGUAUCUCAGAGAACUGCACCCUACACAGGAAGCAGCAUCAGCCUCCUCCCCCAUCUCCUCCCACAUCCCUCCCUGCUUCCACCACAGCCGGAGACACCUGCAACUCCUCACCCUCCCAUGAGCCCAAGGAGAAACGUGUGCACUUUGACCUGGAAACCCUCCACAGCUACCGACUGCGCACGCACACCGCCUCGGUGCGCGGCCGGCCCGGCAUGGUCGGCCGUCCCGGGCUAGGCCUGGGAGGCUGGGGGCUGGGAGGCCUUGGGCGCGUUAGCUCCCCUACACGGAUCAACCUCCAGGCCAACGGGGGCCCCGUCUCCUCGCUGGCCUCCGCGGGCUUAGUGCUCUCUCCUCUGGGGAGCAGGGCCGCUCAGACCAGCCUGUGGGAGGGGGAGCUCCAGGACCUGCAGGGCAAGAUCGAGACGUUCCGCACCCAGCUGAGAGAGGCUCUGGCCAGGAGAGCAGAGAUCCAGAGCAGCCUGGAGAGAGAGAGGUGCGGGCUCGUGCACAGGGACACCAGUCUGGAGAGGGAAAGGGACAGACAGAGGAUACAAACUAUUCACACGGACAGGAGUAGCUCCACUCAGCCCAAACUCCCCGAGAGAGACAGGACCAGCCAACUGCAGACCCUGAAUAAUCAACAAGCGGGUAGAGAGAACCAAUCAGGCGGCCCCUGGACUCUGGAGCACGGGAGAAGCAGCCAAUUGAACACGGUUAACAGUCUGGACAGAGGGAGAGCUAACCAGUUAAGCUCUGUGAACACGUUGGCGGCAGAAAGGACUGUCCAGUCACGCGUUUCAAGCAGUUUGGAAAGAAGUCGAGUCAACCAACAAGGAGUUGGAAACGUACCUGUGCAAUCACGGAACACUUCUAGCCUGGACAGACAGAUGGCUAACCUGUCACGCACUCUGAACACUCUGGAGAGGACAAAAGCCAACCAGUCGAGUGGAGGCAGUGAGACUUGAUGCGUAGAAAAGAGAAGUGCAGUUGGUAAUUGCAUAGCCGUGGGAAGAUAGCCUUGUUGGAAUGGGGCAGGUUUAGGGGACGCUUGGAAGAAAAAAACACUAUAUUCUAACUCACAACAUCACUUAAUCCAACCUAAUAAUUUUCACACUUGCUUAAAAUUCAGACUAAAAAACUUUAACUGCAAUUAAAAAAACUUUUAAAUGACUACAUUACUCAGUAAAACCAUCAAUCAGCAAUCAAAUAUUCUGGAACGAAAGCCAAUAUAAUUUCUGCAAAAUAUCAGAAUAUUUUAAGAAAAAUCAGAGGACAACCAGCUCAGAAUAGAAUACGGCUAAUCCAGCAAUGAUGAAAAAGAACAGUGUUUAAUCAAAGGGUUGUGUUUGAUACUGUAAACCAUAGCCGUCCAAGAACAAAAGACUAAAAGAUGAAUAAUAAUAUGUCCGUUUACACUGGAAAAAGAGACCCCCAAGCACAUAGAUACCCGCAAAAAGAGCACAGGGAAAUUUAAGUUAGACCUAUGUGAUAAAAACACCAAACUGAACUCUUUGACAAUGCAAAUGGAACAUCCGUCUAAACAGAAUGCAGGGAGCCGGAGGUAAAGAUGCAAAAAAAGUAUAUAUUUUAAGAAAUUCAAGUAAACAUUUCACAGAAAUGUGAAUGAUAAGGAAGAAAACUGUGAGGAAAUAGUGGCACAGCCCUUAAUCAAUGUACCUUAAGGUGCCAUAAAAUAAAAAAAUACGCUUUUUUGUUUGAACACCUAGUAUCCUUGGGUGUAUUAUCCUGCCAUCACCACUACAACCCCAAUACUCCAAUGUGAUAUGUUACUACAAAAUCCCACUCUCAUAAAAUGUGUAAAAACUAAAAAGGUGUGAGCCCUUCCCAAACAGACGCUUUGAAAUGCUAAUUACCCCGGUGAUUUGACAGGUUAUGCAAAAAUUCAUCAUAUUAUGGCUGGAAAAUGCAGAUUAACAGAACCCAUUUACCUAAAUAUACAACCCGUUUUAUGGGACUCAGUUAACACAAAGUCCCAUUCCACUUAAAUUGUCUUGGCCACAUUUUCACAUUGCAUCAUUCUAUUCUAUUCUAUUCAUUACAAACUGUAUUUCAUGAAGGGCAACUCCAUGACGUUAACUGUUCAUAUGGGGGGUGUAACUCUGCAUGUGAAAGCAUUAGUGGAAUGUCAGCUUGAGCUCUUAAGUCUAAGAAAAUAAUACCUGGUGACGAAUAAUAAUUUGGAGACAGCUCUCUGAGCGGAGAGGCGGGUGAACCUCCUCCACAUCAAGUCUAAUAAACAGAUUCUGUGGAGGAAUCAAUGAUCCAGUGUUUUAAGCUGGAGAUAAUACUUCAGGCACAAGGACAGGAAUAAAUGGAAAUAUGCUAAACCACUGCAACACACCUUUAAUUCAAAUCAAAACCCUUUGCUGGUGGUAUUUAUUUUUUGCUGCAAACACAGAUGAUCCGUAUCAUUACCGCUUCUUUAACAUGUGAUGUGUUCAUCAGUAGCUGCAGCAACUCCAGUCAGAGUUGUGUUAUUUGUGUGUCUUCAUUUUCCAAAGUGCUGUAGUUGUUGUCUAGGUAGCAUAUUUUCAAAGAUGGUGGUUCUUCUAUCUCAUUCAAACGGUUAGAAAUAACAGCCCGACAUUCUGUUUGUUCGGAUUAAUGAAAAACCACAGAAAAUUAUCACAACCUCAAAGUCGUUUUCCUGAACCUUCAAUCAUCAACUCAAACAGGUCAAAGCAGUUACAUUCAUUUGCUCACCAUAUCCGUUACUGAAGUAAUUCAUUAUGAGUCUAGCAACAAUUUUGCGCUCAGUGAGUGUGUUGCGCAUGAAUUAACGCUGACUAUAAUUUACGGGCGCCCGGCAGAUCGGAGAGAAUUAAUGCCUUUUCGUUUGUUGCUUUUUAGCAUUGUUAAAUAUUGAAAUAGAUGUAAACUUUUCCACCAUUUCCACUACGACGCAGCCUUUUUUGCUUUCUUUGUUUUUUCUUAAGUGAGUAACUUCUCAUGCUCCAUGUCAGUGAUGAGGAGAGGAGGCUCUGACACACAGGUUGAAUACGUUGGGACUCUCGUUCAGUUACUCAGUCAGCCACCAGAGGGAGCUGCAUGCCCGCUUCCUGCGGCUAUGGACGAUGGAGAGUUUAUGGAUGGCGAAUUUGAAUCCAACAAAACUGCUUAUGGCAGAUGGGAGCUGCAUUUUAUGCCGAGGACCUGGGGAAAUAAGGCCUCUAUGAAAUCACUGCAGCACUAUACAAAGCAAUGCCGCCUAACAGUAUUGUGACACUCAGUCUUCUGUGAAAACCCUUUCGAAAAGGUGUGUCGAACUUUCCAAAGCCCACAGGUCUGAGACGGGGACAAUGAUGCUGCUGAAACCAUACGUUAGGCUUCUAUGACGGCACCGGUGUACAUUUAAACGUUUCAAACUGCUGCUGUGGUGUGAAGUGAUUGUUUUCACAUCCCAUGGUGUUUAUGAGGAAAAAAAUAUAUAUUUUAGGUUUUAACAAGAAAAGAGCUUGUGAUAUUGGAUAUUUAAACAAAUACUUUUAAAUUGACCCCUUGUUAAGAAAAUGUGUCAGCAUAUUAUGGGAUUUUAUCAUAAUGAUCAUUCUCAUGUUUUGAAAUAAACAUUUAUAUACGUA